AUGCCUCCGAAAGGCCAGUCCAAGUCCUCGGCAAAGGCUCAGAAGGCAAAAGCCAAAAAAGAGAGGCUGCUGCUGGAGGCGCGGAUGAGGGAGUGCCAAGAAAAGUGCGCUGAGGCGCGAGGAUAUCUAGAGCCGACAGGUCGUAGUGCGGAGCCGAACUUCACCAAGGCCAAGACGGCGCUGGAUGCUGCCUUUGAGGCAUACGACGCAAGCUCGCUCGCGUUCUUCAUGCUCGGGCAGUGGAACCGAAUGCAGGGAAUGUACAGGGAAGCGAUUGAGAGCUACUCUCACGCGCUAGACAUAGAGCCGACAAACGUGCAGGUUCUCGAAUGGCGCGGAAACUGUUACCAGACCUUGCAUGAUUAUGUGCACGCCAUCGAAGACAAUACCAGCAUUGUUUCGCUCGAUCCGGAAAACGACCAUGCGUACAACAUGCGGGGCCUUUGCGUUCUGCAGAGAAGCAUACCAGGCUUGCGCUUGCGCUCCGUUGAUUUUGAGUCCUGCGUGCGUGACUUUAGCACUGCAGUCCGCCUCAACGAGGCCAAUUACUACGCCAUGGCAAAUCUGGGAAAGGUAUACGAGGUCCAAGGCCACCUGGAGAAGGCGAUCGAGUGGUACGGAAAGGCGCUCGACAGUAGUGAAAGGUAUGCCUACGCGAGGUUUCGCCGCGGGUGUGCAGCGUUGCGCAUGGCGGAGAGGUUACUUCUGCGGCGGGAGGAGGAAGGGUGUUCUGACAGCGAUGUACCGGAUGCAGUUGCCGGGACGGCGAAGGCAUGGCAUGACAACUCAAUCAAGCACAUGGUAGAAGCGACUUCCUUGGCCAACAGUCGAGUUCCUGGCGGCGCAACUCGCGAGGCGGUAAAGACCGAGGUGCGCCAGGAAAUGGAGCAGGAGGAGGAGGCGCAAACGGUAGCAAAGUUGCUGAAGCUGGCUGAUAGUGAUUUCACUUUGCUGCUAGACCGCAGCCCAGAGGCAGAGAAGCUCACGGCAGAUCCGACCGUGGUGUUGAACAUCGGCAUUUGCGCACUUUUGAGCAAGAGCAUCAACAAGGCAGAGGAGUAUCUGACUCUUGCUCAGGAUAUCGUGGUGAAGAGACAGGACCUCGUCGAGGAUGGGGACACGCCGCCGCUCAAACAUAGCGAUGCCUUCAACAGCGUACUGACCAUUCGGUUAGAGGAGCUGCAAAAGUUGAAAGACAUGGCGAGGUCUUCGACAUGA